CGUGUGGGAACUUGAAGUUGGCAAUAGACGGCAAUCCUGAAUUCCCAACGAACAACACACACACACACACACCAUGGCUGUCCCACAAACUAUACCGGUGUCGCCUCUGGCGGUUAUUGACCCAGACCUCGAUGUCUAUGGUGAGUUGUUGUAGCACGAACGGGUUUGCCGUGGAAGACGCAAGCUGCGAGCAGAGGAUGCGGGAGCGUGGGAAAGACGGAGUUUCCGUAUGAAGAUGUGGGCUUGGAACGAACACAGGGCAGCAGUCUUGCGGUCGAGAGAUGAAUUCUUCAAGGAGCAGAUGGUGCGAUUCCAAGAAGUGCACGUCGUGCGGGACAAGAUGCGAUGGUGCUACAGGCGGGAGGGCGUCAACCACUUACAGAACUGCCGACACCUUGCACAACAAUACCUGGAUCUGAUGAAGGAAGUGCGGGGUACCCCAGCUAUGCCUUUCAAGUUGUCUGGACCACCAAAGGAUACCCCUCAGUAAUGGCAUGUGCCCACGGUUA